AUGCGAGUUACCCGAUCAAUGGCUUCUAAAGCUGCGGCCAACGAGGACGAUAACGCAAACCCCUCCAUCAAGAAAAAUACCGCUAAUAUAUCCAAUCACCAAUCGGGUUCUAAGAGGAAAGCAAUUCAUGAGAUUGACAUCAACGGAUUGCCUCACAACCUCGGAAAACACGCUGUCGUCACUGCUUCUACCGAUACCUUGGAAAAGACCAGGAGCGAAGAAAACCAGAACAAGCGCAUCAAACUAGAAAGCCCGGGGGAGACAACCCGAGAUAAUGUCGCAUCCGCAAUAACUAAGAGCCAAAAAACCGCUGCGCAGUAUGGCCUCACGCCGGGACUCACUCCCUAUCCAGACUUUCAGCAUCCUACGCCCGCCGAGUGUGAAGAGGUCAAUCGCCUCUUGUCAACGGUACAUGGUGAAAUCAAAGCUCCGAGUAGUAUUCCACAGCCGUCGCUCACGGUUACGGGCUGUGGUGAAGUCCCGUCUGUUUUGGAUGCUCUCAUCCGAACUAUUUUAAGUGGAGCAACUACCGGUGCCAACGCAGCGCUUUCUUUUCAAGGUCUUGUUCAGAGAUUUGGGAUUCUUGAUAGCGGCAUCGGCAAGGGUAGUGUCGACUGGAAUGCUGUCCGUGAAGCCCCGGUCGAUGACGUUUUUCAAGCAAUGAAAAGCGGUGGUCUAGCAACCACGAAGAGCAAAUAUAUAAAAGAGAUUCUCGACAUGGUAUAUGAAGAGAACCAACAACGCAAAGCAGCACACCUCAAAUCGGAGGAAAGCGGCGAGCAAUCAGGCCCUAUCGGUGCAGAUCAUGAAUCAAAGGCCCAAAAGGAUGUUGAGAUAGCACUGACUGACGAAAAUGUGCUUUCGCUCGACUGGAUUCACGCCCUGGACAAGGAACAAGCGAUGCUUGAAUUGAUCAAGUACCCUGGCAUCGGACCCAAAACAGCUGCCUGUGUGGUACUGUUCUGUCUUCAGCGCCCCUGUUUCGCAGUCGACACGCACAUUUUUCGUAUUUUGAUCUCAAUAAUUUUAAAAUUUAGUGAACCGCAAUUACUGGAGCAUCUGCCGGCUUCGGUCCAGUCUUUACUGGAUAACAUCGACAUUGACUGCGAAACACUCAAGUAUGGCUCGAUUGCCGGGCUUGCAUCUGUGCUCGCGCUUUAUUUCGGAUAUCUGUAUCUGCUCAGUUCGAGAGAGUCCCCAGUCAAAUUCAACGUCCCGCUGCCCCCGCCGCUACGAACAGACUGGCAGGGUAAGAAGUGGGAAGACCUGCAGGGCGAGGAGAAGAAGAUAGUCGACAACCAGGUGCAGGGCAAAUGGAAAUCGGAUCGAAUAGUGAGCUAUUGCCCCGCGGAUGGAAGGAUCCUGGCUUCUGGGAUUCCUCUUGCAACGUCUGAGUCGGUCGAUCGGGAUAUUCAAACUGCAAAGCGCGCGCAAGCCGAGUGGGCGCAAACGACGUAUGCGCAGCGGAGGAGACUUCUCAAGACGCUUCUCAAAUAUGUUCUUGACAACCAGGACGACAUCGUCACUGCUUGCUGUUUGGAUUCCGGAAAAACAAGAAUCGAUGCAACCUUGGGGGAGAUUUUGGUGACGACUGAAAAGCUCAAGUGGACCAUCGACCACGGCGAAAAGGCGCUUGCAACUGAAAGGAGACCAACAAACUUCCUCAUGAUGUACAAAAAGAAUGUGGUCCGCUACGAACCGCUCGGUGUGGUCUCGGCGUGCGUUUCCUGGAAUUACCCCUUCCACAACUUGAUCUCGCCCGUCAUCAGCGCACUGUUCGCAGGUAAUGCCAUUGUGGUGAAGCCUUCUGAACAGACUGCGUGGAGCUCGACGUUCUUUAUCGACAUUAUUCGACGCGCCCUGACGAGCUGCGGCCAUUCGCCUGACCUGGUCCAGCUUGUCAUCUGUCUGCCUCAGGUUGCCGAUGUGCUGACCUCUCACCCUGACAUUUCGCAACUGACGUUUAUCGGUUCACGACCAGUAGCUCACAAGGUCUGCGAGUCAGCAGCAAGGUCGCUCACCCCGGUCACGGUGGAACUUGGCGGAAAGGACCCUUUUGUGAUCCUAGACGACGCGACCACUGUCAAAAACCUGUCCUCUGUCGCAUCAAUUCUCAUGCGCGGCGUCUAUCAAUCCGCGGGCCAAAACUGCGUGGGAGCGGAACGUGUGAUUGCCCUUCCAGGCGUGUACGACAAGCUCAUCGACAUCGUCACUCCGCGUGUCCAACGCUUAGUCCAGGGCUCCGUCCUUCUCGACUCCAAAACACGCCCUGAAGAUCCCAACUACAAACCAUUUACACCGGAUAUCGGGGCUAUGAUCUCGCCUGCUGGCUUUGCUCGUCUCGAGUCGCUUGUCGCCGAGGCAGUGGAACAAGGAGCUCGUCUCCUCCACGGUGGAAAACAGUACCACCACCCGAAAUACCCUAACGGUCACUUCUUCACACCCACGCUUCUCGUCGACGUCACGCCAUCGAUGCGCAUCGCACAAGCCGAACUGUUUGCCCCGAUCAUGACCAUCAUGCGCGCAACAUCCGUGGCCGACGCGAUUUCCGUUGCUAAUUCUACUCCCUACGCACUCGGCGCCAGCGUCUUUGGCUUCAACGCCGCCGACGUGGAGGCCUGUGUUAGCGGUAUCAAAGCAGGCAUGGUUGCCGUCAACGACUUUGGCGCGUAUUAUGCCGUGCAGCUGCCAUUUGGCGGCGUCAAGGGAUCCGGAUACGGCCGAUUUGCGGGCGAAGAAGGGCUGAGAGGCGUGAGCAAUCUCAAGUCAGUCUGCGUUGAUCGUUUCCCCAGGAUUAUUGGCACCGCGAUUCCACCUGCCAUGGAUUAUCCGAUCUACAAAGGAGAAGGGGCGAGGAAAAACGGCAGUGGAGCUGGAGAGAUGUGCAAGGGAGUGGUUCAGACGGGCUAUGAGCCGACGAUUGCUGGGAGGGUUAGGGGUAUUCUCCGGAUACUGGCGAACUCUUAG